GAGUCUUCGGCCGCACGGGAUCGUGGGAACCGCGCGCCUUUACUUCGCGUCCUCUUUGCUGCGCGCGCCCGGGAAGGGUCGCGCGGAGCUGGGCGGGGAAGCGGAAGCAGUUUAGUCUCAUGUCCGGGCCUCGCUCGCUGCGUCUUGUCUCUGGGCCCCGCGACAAGAUGGCGGACCUGUCCCUGGACGAGCUCAUCCGGAAGCGCGGUGUGACUGUGAAGGGGAGACUGAACAGCAGCCCAGUAUUUGGAGGCAUUCGAUCUCGAAUUGGGAUUCAGCAAACUCUUCUAAGUAGACCGACGCCAACCAUCAGCUUCCAACGGACGUUUGAUGCCCGGCAAAAGAUUGGCCUCACUGAUGCCCGACACAAACUGGGAGUUAAAGAUGCUCGGGAGAAACUGCUUCAGAAAGAUGCUCGGUUCAAAAUCAAAGGGAAAGUGCAGGAUGCCCGGGAAAUGCUGAAUUCCCGCAAGCAGCAGAGUGUGCCUGCUGAGAAGGUGACCAAAGUGAUAGAUGCCAGAGAGAAGAUCAGCUUGAAAAGGAGCGCUCCUACUGCUGCAAUUGUAAGUCCAGCCGUGGGGACAGUGACGCCAGCCAUGAAGAUCACCAAAACAAUUCAGCAGAAGGCUGCAGCCCCAGGACACUCUCAUCCUGCAGGAAUGAGGAUCAAUGUAGUGAACAACCACACACAGAGACAGGGCCUGUAUGACAUGGAAGAUGAUGAUGAAAGCGUAUCUCCCCUUCCUAGCAAACAGAUGAAAAUCACCACCACAAACAGCUUCCUGCACAACGCGGCUGGACUGAGUGGCAAUAAGUUCUCUCUUUCCAAGACGGUCCCCCUCACCAAAGUGGUCCAGAAUGACACCUAUACAGCCCCCCCAGCACCUCUCUCUCCCAUUCGGACAAAGGCCCUGACAAACAUGUCCCGGACCUUGGUGACCAAGGAGGAACCACCGAAAGAACCAGCACCUGUUGAGCCGGUGUUCAGCCCUUUGGAAGGUACAAAGAUGACUGUGAACAAUCUGCACCCCAGAGUCACAGAGGAAGACAUUGUUGAGCUGUUCUGUGUGUGUGGCGCUCUAAAGCGGGCCCGUCUCGUGCACCCUGGAGUGGCUGAAGUGGUCUUUGUGAAGAAGGAAGAUGCCAUCACAGCAUAUAAAAAAUACAACAACAGAUGCUUAGAUGGGCAGCCAAUGAAGUGCAACCUUCACAUGAACGGGAAUGUCAUCACAUCAGAUCAACCAAUCUUGCUUCGAUUAAGCGAUACCCCCUCUGUGAAGAAGGAAGUAGAACCACGGCGGUCAAGUGCAGCUGCCUCCUCAAAUCCGCCAGCUGAGGUGGACCCUGACACCAUUUUGAAGGCGCUCUUCAAAUCCUCGGCGGCCUCUGUCUCUGUGCAGCCCACAGAAUUCAAAAUCAAACUCUGAGAAGAGAAGAGUGGAGGCGAGCAGUGGACUGGAAAACUUGCUGAAGGCAUGGAAUGGGGAGAAUCACGUGGGAGCGCAGGUGUUUCUGUGUUUGCCCACCUUGUGUUUUUUGUUUUCUAUGAUCGCUACCUUCCUGUACAGUAGUGUUCCCUCUCAUGUGUGUAUUUUCUGUUUUCGUAGUUGGAGUUUUCUUCCACAUUUUUCCAAGAGAAUAACCUCCCCCUUCUGCCAGUGAGAUAUAUUACCAAGCAUAGACCCAUGCAACUCCCUCUUUUGCUCCACGCCCCCUUGUGGCCAGCUAUUAAAAGUGCACCUAGAGACUUUGAGGGAAGGGGAAUGAUAAACAGAACCUCUUGUCCUCCGGCUAACAACCUCUGACCGAAAGGUGAAGCCCCUCUGUUAUUGUCGCUUGAUACCAGAUUUAAUUUUUAAAGCUGCUGCAUUUGGGGUGGAGCCAGGUGUGAUGCUCAGAAGCAAGUAGCAUUUUGACAGUUUUGUCUCACAUGCACCUGGUAGGAUACAACUUCUGCCUAGCUGUUAGAUGCUUUGCUGAUCAGCAGCUGUGACGCGUGGAGGCACUGAGAAGAAUCCAGCUCCCCUGUUUAUCAGCUGAUGGAAGAGUUUGGGCUGUGGGGAGGAAAUAUGCACAAGUGCAGACAUACCGCAUCUAAUUUGCUGUCACAGUUAAGCCUCUGCUAUUGUCCUGGUGAAGUUCAACAUUAGUAACACACUGAGGGGGAGAAAAUAGCUCAGGCUUCUGUGUAACGUGAAUAUAUCCGCUCCUUAGGGUACCCCAGGGUGAUCUGCCCUUUCCUUCCUCUUUCUGGACUAACUUCAUGUGAGAGCAGGGACUUUGACCAGAAACACUAGAAAUCGAGUGUUUCCCUUCCAAUUAGGUUGAAUCAUAUCAUGUUCUCCCAACCCCUGCUGUCCAUGUAGGGACAUGAGCUUUUUUAGUGGGUGGGGUGGGGACUGGGAAGUCCUUCUAGCAUCUCCAGUCCAAUUUUAUGGAGAGGAGUGGGUUGGGGAGUAAGUCAUGUACUAAUGUGUAGGAAAUAAUCCUCUUGUCCACCUGCUCUGAAGGAGUAUCAAUUGUAAAAGGGCUCCACGUGAGCUAUGCUUGGCUGCAGGGCCGGCUCCAGGCACCAGCUUCUCAAGCAGGUGCUUGGG